UAAUCCGGAAUCAUCGUUCUAUGGUCGUUGAGGGUAGUUUACGAGAAUAAGGGAGAGUCCGAGGUCUUUUUGUGAAUAGGAAUUCGUGCAUGCUAAGAAUCCAAUCCAAGCAACGCCACACCUACAAUCCCGAAAGUCCUUUUGGCAUCUUCCUGGGUAUUUCACUUGGUCCGAACCUGCUUAAGAAAUACCCGAUAAAUAGCGAGUGAAAUUCUAUGGAGGAUGAUGAUUGGAGCUUUGGUUUUUCUACUCCUUCAAGGGCCUACCGAUCAACUACAGAUCUUUGUAUAGAUUGGGAGGAGGUUGAAGCGGACGAUGAUUUAAAAGCAGAAUAUCCGUGCCCAUUUUGUCCGGAGGAUUUUGAUUUGGUUGGGUUGUGCUGCCAUAUUGACGAGGAGCAUCCUAUAGAAGCAGAUUAUGGGGUAUGUCCUGUUUGUGCUACAAAAGUGGGUAUGAAUAUGGUUGGGCACAUAACGACACAGCAUGGGAACUUUUUUAAGAAUUGGCACAAGUUGAAACUCUGUAAAGGUGAGUCUUAUUCAACUUUUUCUUCUUCAAGAAAGGAAUUUCAGAAUGGACAUUUCCAAUCUCUUCUUGCUGGGUCAUCCCCUGCGGUUUCUACCUCUAAGAUGGCACCUGAUUCACUGCUGUCAUUUCUUUAUAAUGGGCCUGCUGCUGUCAAGUCUGAAAGUGUGCAGCCUGAUUCUUCAACUGAAGUAAGCAUGGAAGAUGAAAAUCCUGAUGAGUCAAGGUUAGUAAGAAAUUUUCAAGUUCCUUUAUCUGACAAAGAAAAAGAGGAAAAAGCAAGGAGAUGCGAGUUUGUACAGGGCCUGUUCUUGUCCACCAUCUUUGAUGACAGCUUAUGAAUGGGAUACAAUAUAGUGUUUGUUGCCAGUUUCCCUAAUUUUAGGAGAGAUGUUUAUUGUCCAUGCUGUUUGUUGAAUAUUCUGAUACCUUUGAUAGAAAGAGCCAAGUUAGACAUAGGGAAUUCAAUGUAAUGCACGUUGUUAGUCAAAUGUAAUUAGCAAGGCCAGCAUGGACCCAGACUCUCGUUUCACGUAUCUCAAAGUUUUACGUGCUAGUGAAAAUAUUUACAGUGAAAUUCCUGCUA